AUGGGCUUUGUGACGGCUACCGUUGAUGGUAAAGCGGGACUGCAGAUACAGUCGGUGAACGAGCAGGCCAUGCUUGUCAAAGUGAACGGCAAUUGGCUUCAUGUUAACUAUCCAGGAUUGCAGAUUCAUUUUCAAGAGGGCACGUCUCGAGAUGAUACCGGUGGAUUGAGCGAGGUCAGCACUGAGGAACGGGAGCUCACCCCACCAUCUGUUGGAGAAGAUGCUGAUGCCGACACUGACAAUA